GCAGAGGCUCUGCCCCCGGCCGGCCGGGCCGGGUCGCGGUGGCCAGCGCCGAGCCCAGGGCUGCCGCCCGCCGGUGGUGGCUGGCUUCGGGGAAGAGGGGCCAGGGCCCGCCGGACCCCACCCACAUCUCCAGUUCACACUGGAGAAGGAGAACAACGGCAUCCAACAGAAGACCUUGGACGUCAGAGAGUUUUGUAGAAUGAAACCUAGCAGAAGAAUUUUAAAGCCAGCACUGACCUGGGAGGGUCUCAGUUUUACCACUACAGGCUGUGUGUACUUGGUCAAGUCACCUGACUUCUCAGAGCCUCAGUUAGAAAAUGAGUGGACUCUUCCCAAUUCUUUGAAAAGCACUGACUAUAUCAGGAAAUUGUACAGAGGUCCAAGGAAGAAAGGAAUUGGAAGACGUACCUGGAGAAAUGGAUGCUAGAAGAAAACACUGGAAGGAGAAUAUGUUUGCUCCUUUUUUUAGUGCACAGGAUGUUCUAGAUGAGGCUUCUCAGCCUGAAUCUUCUUGUGAACAAAUGACUUUAGAUAAAGCCAAUAGAAUAGAAGGGCUUUUUAAUUUGUCCAGUAGAAAGUUUCAAGAAGAAAAUAAAUUUAAGAGGAAGGAAUUUAUUUCUCAACUGAAUGAAAAAGAACAAGAACCAAAUUUAAGAGAGAGAAAGAUAAACAUUUCAAAGAAUGAAGCUGACACAAAUUCUGUCUCCUGUGAAUCAUCUAAUUUGGAUGUGGUGACCGAAGAAAGCUUUAAUAGCACAGAAGAUCAUUCUAUCUGGAGUACAAAGGAAUUACCCAUCCUACCGCGACAAGACGUGAAGAAGAAAUUUACCGAAGGAAUGUCUCCCAAACUCCGCCUGAAUCUUUUGAAUGAAGAACUGGAAGAACUUAACAUGAAAUGCAGGAAAAUAGAAGAGGAAUUUGAAAAUGCUGAAAAAGAACUUUUGAACUCCAAAAAAGAAGUCUCCUCGAAACCCCUAAGGUUUCAGGAAACGGGUGGAGAAACUUCGAAGAAAGACUGGGAGCUUCAAGCUUUAAGAAAUGACCUAUCUGAAAAAGCGACAAAUGUCCAAAACCUAACUGAAGAGCUCCAGCAAGCCAAAGAACUCAUCCACAGGCUGAGUCUAGAGAACAGAGAUUUAAAAGAGGCCGUUAGGAAACUCAAGCGUCAAACUGAGAUCGGAAACGCGCUCCUGAAGGAAGAAAUGAAACUGUAUUAUGAAUUAGAGAUGGAAAAGAUCCGCGGGGAGCUGGAUGCCAUCAAGAAUGAGCUGAGAGCCGAGAAGACCCUGCAAGCAAGAAAUAACAGGGCCCUGGAGUUGCUUAGGAAACACUUUGCUUCUGUGACAUCAUCAAGUACCCUGGACAGCUUGACAGAGGAUUUUUUUUAAAAGUCAAAAAAAAAAAAAAAAAAAAAAGGCCUUUUCAU